AUGAAUUUACUGCAACUAUCGCUGAUGGCUGACGAGGAAUCGGAACCGGCUAUACAUGUCGUGGCGGAGGAACAGGGCAAAGCCGUACUUCCGUGUAACGUCAGCCGACCCCUCAACGACUCGAUUGAUUUGAUACUAUGGUUUAGAGGGGACGCCGAGACAGCCCUGUAUUCACUGGACGCCCGCAAAGCCAACGGAAUACAAAGAGCCAAACACUUAGUCUCCGACGACCUCAGCUCUCGUGCCUAUAUUGACAUUACGGGAAACCAACAGAAGAAAAGAGGAAUUAGUUGA